ACGCCCACUCUCUCUCUCUCUCUAACCCCGCUCACUCUCUCUCUCUCUCUCUAUCUCUAGGCUCUCUUCUGUUCUGCCUCGGUCUGGUGUCUGUCUCUCUGGACGCACUUCUCUCUCUCUCUCUCUUCUGAAGAAGGAAGGAUUCCUUCUUCUGCUCCGUCUCCCUCUCUUUGGUUGACUCCUCUCUCGCGACUCCUCUGGCUGUUUUCCGAGAAUUCGUUUGCUCGGAUUUCCUUUCCCAGACGCUGCAGAUGCAUUGGAUACGACUUACAUUAGGGAACAAUUUUGCAAACGAAAGUUUCUGAUGUUGAAGCCAUUUUUUUUUGCUCCGGUUCUAGAUAUUUAAUGUCCUUAGACGACCUGCUUAUGCAACACAGGGUAUAACCAAAUAUGGAUCGUCGUAGUUGGCCCUGGAGAAAGAAAAGCUCUGACAAGGUUGCAGCUGGUACAGAUUCUAAUGCUGCUUCAUUGGCUAACACAAAUGGUCAGCAUGAAGAUCUGGAUUCUUCAAAGAAUAUAAAUUAUGUUCAGAUCUCAUUAGAAGCAUAUGCGAAGUUGACUGAAUCAGAAGAGCAGGUGAAGAUAUUAAAUGAAAAGCUUUCAUCAACACUCUCUGAUGUUACCACCAAAGAUAACCUUGUCAAGCAGCACGCUAAAGUUGCUGAAGAAGCUGUGUCAGGAUGGGAAAAAGCUGAAGCAGAAGCUCUGGCACUAAAACAACAGCUUGAAACUUUAACAUUACAGAAGCAUGAAUCUGAUGAUCGGGCUUCCCAUUUGGAUGGGGCUUUGAAAGAGUGCAUGAGGCAAAUUCGGCAUAUCAAGGAAGAAAGUGAACAGAAAAUGCAAGAAUUAGUAAUUAGCAAAUCCAAACAAUGGGAAAAGGUCAAAUUUGAAUUUGAAGCAAAAAUCACACAGUUAGAAGAAGAGCUUCUUAGAUCUUCAGCUGAAAAUGAUGCACUUGCUAGAUCAUUGCAAGAACGUGCUGCAGUCAUAAUGGAUUUGAAAGAAGAGAAAUCUCAGGCUGAUAGAGAAAUUGAAGUCUUAAAAUCCAACAUUCAAUCAUGUGAAAGGGAAAUAAGUUCCAUGAAGUAUGAGCUUCAUGUUGUUUCGAAGGAGCUUGAAAUCCGAAAUGAAGAGAAGAAUAUGAGCAUUAGAUCUGCUGAAGUAGCAAAUAGGCAACAUUUAGAGAGUGUUAAAAAAAUUGCAAAACUAGAAGCAGAGUGCCAAAGGUUACGGGGACUUGUCAGGAAGAAAUUGCCUGGUCCUGCUGCAUUGGCUCAAAUGAAGCUUGAAGUUGAGAACUUAGGGAGGGACUAUGGGGAAAAUAGAUUGCGACGGUCCCAAGUCAGAAAUUCGGUUUCCCAUCCACCUCCAGUAUCUGAAUUUCUGCCUGACAUUGCUCAGCAAAACCAGAAAGAGACUGAGUUCCUAACAGCACGAUUAUUGGCGAUGGAGGAAGAAACAAAGAUGCUUAAAGAAGCUCUGGCAAAACGUAAUAGUGAACUGCAAGCCUCUAGAAACAUGUGUGCUAAAACAGCAAGCAAGCUACAUGCUGUUGAAGCACAACUGCAGUCUCUGGGCCAUGGAAGAAGUUUGCCGAAAUCUAACAUGGAGGUGCCCGUUGAUGGGUCUGUGGACCACAAUAGUAGCACUCCUCCAAGCAUGACAUCAAUGUCUGAAGAUGGCAUUGAUGAUGAAGUUAGCUGUGCUGAGUCCUGGGCUACAGCGUUGAUUUCAGAACUGUCAAAUUUCAAGAAAGAUAAAGUUAUCGACAAAGGUAGCAAAGUUGAUAUUUCCACUAACUUGGAAGUUAUGGACGACUUUCUUGAGAUGGAAAAAUUGGCGUGCAUGUCGACAGAAUCUAAUGGUUCUAUAUGCAUGCCCAACAACUCAUCUCAUAAGAAAACCGAUGAAAAUGGAUCUGAAUUGUUUGUGUCUGCUCCCAAAAAUGAAACUUGUAUCAUAUCCUCAGGCAAUCUGGCUUCUCUUAGUGAAGAAGCUUCCAACCUAGAGUUGAUCUCUGAUUCAAGCAAAGCAUCACUACCGCAGCUUAAGAAAAGGCUUGCAGUCAUUUUUGAAUCACAUACUAAGGAAGGUGACGUUGAGAGCAUUCUGGAGGACAUUAGAUGUGUGGUACAGGAUAUACAAAAUGCAUUGCCCCGUGCUUCUGUUUGUUCCUCUGGGGAGCAACUCUCAGAAACUGCUUCCAAUCAACAACCUCAUGCUGUAAGCAGACCGAUGGAUUGUGGGGAUUCUGCUGUUCCAUAUCUUGGUCUGGAUCAAAGUACUGGAAUUGAUUUGACAGAUGCCAUAUCAAAGGUCCAAAAUUUUGUUUCAUCACUUGCAAAAGAAGCUGAGAACAUGUGCAAGGAUCAAAAUUCCGCUGAUGAGCUGUCACUUAGUAAAAUGAAAUUAUUCUCUGAAUCUGUUAACAAAGUUUUGUGUGGUAAAAUGAGCAUUCAAGAAUUUAUACUUGAUCUUGCCCAUGUUUUGUCCGAAGCUAGCGAACUAUAUUUCAAUGUACUGAAAAGUUCUGCCCCCACAGAAGAAGCCAAUGGUGCCAUUUGUGCUGAUAAUCCAAAUGGCCUUGAAAACCAAGUACCUAUUCAUUCUUCAAAAGAUGUAUCCUGCAAUGGGACAAAUUUUCACUCCAAUUCUGAUUUUGAGGGUCUGCAAAAUGGACUGCUGUGUCCUGCUUCUGAUAUGACGGAAACAUAUAACUCUUUAAAUGAAGAAAUUGCACAGUUGAAACUUGAGAAGGAUAAUGUGGAAGCAGAAUUGGCUAGUUAUAAGGAAAGCUUGGAGAAAACAAAAGCUCAACUAGCAGAAAUGGAAAAGCAGCUCUCAGAGUUCAAGUUGCAGCUUGCAGCUUCUGAGAAGUCCAAUAGCUUGGCAGAAACUCAACUAAAAUGCAUGGCAGAAUCUUAUAAGUUGCUUGAGGUGCGCGUUUCGGAAACAGAAACUGAAUUAAACCAGGUAAAAGCAAAAGCUGAGAAGUUGGAUUUGGAGCUUCAAGCAGAGCAGCACAGCCAUCAGGAGGCUUUAGCAAAAUGCAAGGAUCUUCAGGAGCAGCUUCAAAGGAACGAGGAAUGCUCACGCUGCUCUUCAUCUUCUGCUGCUGACAGUGAACUCAAAGCGAAACAGGAAAAAGAGAUAGCUGCGGCAGCAGAGAAACUGGCACAGUGCCAAGAGACCAUCUUUCUCCUCGGAAGGCAACUUAAGGCAUUGCGUCCUGCAGAAACCCCAGGCUCCCCAAUUGUUGACAAACGUUUGGAAAACGGAUUGUUCUUUGAAGAUGAAAAUGAAGCCCAUGAGCUUCAUGGCAUGACUGACACACCUGAAUCCCGUGCUGCCAAUAUGGAGCUCCAAGCUUCAUUUGUGCCAAAUGGUGAUUUCAGUGCCGAUACAUAUAAUGCUGCACUUAGUUCGUCGGACACAGAAGCAAGCCCAGUUACAAGUUCACCCAUUAGUUCAAAGCGCCAAAAACACAGGUCUUCCAAGUCCUCUACAUCUUCGGCCUCGUCAUUCUCAACUCCGGAGAAGCAGGGGCGUGGCAUCAGCAGAUUUUUUUCUAGAGGGAAAACCUCCCUUUAGAAUUCUCCAGCAAGCUUCGUUGAGUCAGGAGGUUCAGAAAGAAAUUCAGAACAAUCUGUGUGGAUUCGAAAAACCUUUUGCAGAUAACACAGCUCAUGUAUAUUUUGAUUCCUCUGUCUCACCAAUGUCGCAUCAACACCCUGUGCUGAGAUAAGAUGGUGGCAUUGGCAGUACAUAAUCAGGCCUUGGACAUUGUUGUUUUCCUUUCAACACUUGGUUUACUGGUGGUUCCCCUGGUUUCUUGAAGCUGUUUUUCCACCCCAUACACGUUCAACACAGUAUAAGGAAGCGUUUUGUUCCUUUCCACAUCACAUGAGAGUGGGAUGCAGAUAUAUUUUGAAGAACAAUAGCAUUCUCUUACUGUCUAAGAGCAAAUACGCUGUACAUCUGUAUUUAGAUUGCCAUAACGCAAUCGGACUACAGAAUUCACUGCCAUGUGGUUGGGAAGGAGGGAAGAAGGUGGAAUUGUAUAUACAUGUCUAAUGUGUAGAGUUGUAAGUCCUUUUUCUCCCCCCCCCCCCCUCUUCGUCGUUUCUUCUGAUAGGGUUUUAAUGGGAUGGUGUGUAUUGAUGGUAAUGACAGCUGAAAAAUCUGGUCUCAUCUUGAAAAGGAAGUUAACAAAUGGUACUCCGUGUUUUCGAGUGUUUGGUGAUGGUGAUUUCUUCUAAUUUGUGGGUUUCCAGACCUCUUUAUGUUCAUAUCGUUUUAUAUAAAAAAUUUGACAGCUUACCCCUUUUUUUUU